AUGAAAGCUUGGGGAGAAUCACAAUGGAGCAUUGUCAUGUGUGCAAUGAACGGUGGUUUGAUCUCAAUGAAAGGGAGAGGAGGAAGAUUGACAGCUAAUAACAACAUGGACCCAGGUGACAUUUAUAUAUUUGUGGUGAUCCUCACAAGCAGGAUCAGUACACAAACCAAAUAUGCUGGUCAUACAUGCCUUUUUGCUCAAGACAACACCUCCCUGAUCAGUCGGCUUCCAAUUCUGCCCGCUCAACUUGAUAUCCUCAUCAUCAAGGACAAACAAGCAGCACACUCAAAUGUUGAAGCUUUCUCAAGACCACCUGAAUUCCAAUUCCAUCCAGCAUACUCUGAAGUAGAGAUUGAUCAUGAAGUGCUUGCAACUCUGCCAGAGCAAGGAUUGGUCUUUGACCAGUUGCGGUCAACAUCAGUGGAUAACACCUCUCCAAGAACAGAUAUCCCUGAUUUUGGUGAUGUUGGUGGGGAGGACAUCAUCUUGGAGGCUGUCAUUCCAAAUGUUGGAAGUGCACUUAGGGAGGUUGAAGAGACGCGUACAAAGCUGGAAGAGAUUGAAGAAGGGAUUAGAGCACCAUUGACCGCUCCCGGAGUAAGGCCAACACCACUAUACGAACACGACAAGACCAGUCAACACCUGGUACAAGCUUUUCCUUUCCUUUUCCCCCAAGGUCUUGCAGACCUUCACGCAUCUCGCCAGAGUGAAGUUAAGCCCAACAAUUAUUUUAAACACCUCAUGAAAUUCCAUGACGGCCGUUUUGCCUCUCACCCUCGGUUUUGCUACUAUGCUUUCAAUGCAUUACUCAGAUGGCAAGCUCAAUCACUUGCCAGUUACUAUGAAAGAGAACAGCGGGAAUUGGAGGCAGUGCUGCAGUAG